AUUUGGACCACGAUGGUCUCCCUAAAUCUCUUAAGUGUUAAUAUGUAUUGCUAAAACCUUACAGACCAUGUAAGCUAGCAUUGAUUUUGGGUGAUUUUUGUGGCUGGUUUAGAAAAGGAAUUUUGAUGGGUGGUUCUGGUCCCUGACGUGAUUGAGUAGGAGGGGAGUGUGAGGUGUCUGGGGUGUGUGUGUGCCUUCUCUCUUGAUCCUCAGCUAAACAUUUCCAUCCUCACUGGACAGAGACACCUUUGUUAACCCAGAGGCGGCAAGGUCUCCAUAGCGUCUCACCUCUCACACUUCAUAUCUUCCCAGCAGUAGAUAAACAUGUCUUGCUCGGGGACCCCACAACUUGUGCUGCUCCUGCUUUUUACUGGAAUUCUUCUCCCUGCGUUCCUCACAGUAGGCUAUCCUCAAGCAGCUGCACCCACUGUUUGGCAAGAACCCCCAGAGCUUCCAUCUGGAGCAGAACCCAUUGAAACCACGCCAUCUGUACCCCUGUCUGAUGUCACUGGUGUUCCACCUGAUGCAUCUGAGCCAGACCCCACAUAUGAAGACCCUCUGAGUAACAGUGAUGGUUCCCUGGGUCCUGGAGCCGUUGCUGCGAUCGUCCUGGCAGCCCUACUUGGCACCUCUGUCCUCAUUGCUCUGAUUGUUAUCACGCUCAGAAAAUUCUCUGCUUCUUAAAAACCAAUAAAGAAUCACAUUGUGUUUCUGCCCUUUAUGGUCAAGUUAAAACUGUGAGCAAAAACAUAAGCAAGUGAACUGCACAUACUGUAGAUCCCAUUUCCUCCAAUAAAUGGCUUUAUCAGUGGCUUUGUGCUGGGAUCCUAGGUUCAUAGAACCCAAACAUGUUAUCCACGAGCCACGAUAUGGGAUCAACACAAAUCCGCCCCACCCCCCUGCCACCAAAAUACCGCAAAUAUAAAACACGAUGAAGAAAUGCCCACACCAAGAUAGAAACGUAAUUAGGAAAUAGAGGAAAUACAGUUAAAUAAUACUGG